AUGCUCAUUUCAACCAUUGAAAACUCUAUCCCCUCACGAAUUAGAGUUGUACAGACCAUGUCGCAGUCCACCUCGUCGUUCAAUGAAGCCUCCGCUGCUCGAGCGGCCGGAAAGUCCAACAUUCCACUGAUUGACCUGGGCGCUUUGAUAGAAGACAACGCCAAUCCUGAAGCAGCGCUGAAAGCCGGCAAUAAUCUCGUUGAAGCUUUCAGAGUAUCAGGGUUCGCGCAUGUGAAGAACCACGGAAUCCCCGAGAAGACCAUCGAGUCCGCCUUCCAGUGGAGCGAGAAGUUCUUUUCCCUCCCGCAGUCCGAAAAGGACAAGGCACCGCACCCACGCGAGGGAUGGUGGCAUCGCGGCUAUUCCGGCAUCGGCCGCGAAAAGGUGUCGCAAAUGGUGUUUGACGCCGAGCAAAUCAGCGAGCUGCGGAAAAUACCAGACUUUAAGGAAUCAUACGAGAUUGGGCGCGAGGACAACGAUCACCUGCCCAAUAUCUGGGUCCCGGAGACGUCGCUCCCCGGAUUUCGAUCAUUUUUCAACAAUUUCUACGAAGUCUGCUACCGGCUCGAACUCCACCUGCUCCGCGCCAUGGCGCUCGGCAUGGGCCUGGACGAGGACUUCUUCCGGUCGUACCACGUGAAGAGGGACAACCAGAUCCGCCUCCUCCACUACCCGCCGGUCGAGGAGAAGCUCCUGCGCGCCGGCGAGGUCGAGCGGCUGGGAGCGCACUCGGAUUUUGGCUCCAUGACGCUCCUCUUCCAGGACGAGGUCGGCGGCCUGGAGGUGGAGGACCCCAACGAGGAGGGCCGGUUCUUGCCCGUAUCGUCCAUCCCGGGGACGAUCGUGGUCAACAUUGGCGACUUCAUGCAGCGAUGGAGCAACGACACGCUCCGGUCCACCGUGCACCGCGUGCGAGCGCCGCCGCUGCUGCUGGAGGCGAACGAGGGCGGUGACCGCGUUACCCGGGCGCGGUACUCGAUUCCCUACUUUAUCGGCGCUGAUCAGGAGACGACGGUGGACUGCGUUCCUGGCUGCUACGGCCCCGGCAGGCCAAAGAAGUACGAGCCGAUAAACAGUCGCGAGUAUAUCGAGAUGCGACUGAAUGCAACGUAUUGA